GGCGCGGCGCGGCGGCAGCGGCGGCGGCUCGGACCCCUCCCCCGGCUCCCCCCAUCGGUGCAGCUCUCCGGGCGAUGCCAGAAUAGAUGCCGGGGCAAUGUCCCGCCGCAAACAGGGCAACCCGCAGCACUUGUCCCAGAGGGAGCUCAUCACCCCAGAGGCUGAGCAUGUGGAGGCCACCAUCCUCGAGGAAGAUGAGGGUCUGGAGAUAGAGGAGCCCAGCAGCCUGGGGCUGAUGGUGGGUGGCCCCGACCCUGACCUGCUCACCUGUGGACAGUGUCAGAUGAACUUCCCCCUGGGGGACAUCCUGGUUUUUAUAGAACACAAGAAGAAGCAGUGUGGCGGCAGCCUGGGUGGCUGCUAUGACAAAGGCCUGGACAAGGGCAGCCCGCCGCCCUCCUCACGCUCUGAGCUCAGGAAAGUGUCCGAGCCGGUGGAGAUCGGGAUCCAGGUCACCCCCGACGAAGAUGACCACCUGCUCUCACCCACGAAAGGCAUCUGCCCCAAGCAGGAGAACAUUGCAGGGCCGUGCAGGCCUGCCCAGCUGCCAGCGACGGCCCCCAUAGCUGCCUCCUCCUCCCACCCUCACACAUCUGUGAUUACUUCACCUCUGCGUGCCCUGGGCGCUCUACCGCCCUGCUUCCCCCUGCCGUGCUGCAGCGCGCGCCCUGUCUCGGGUGACGGGACGCAGGGUGAGGGUCAGACGGAGGCUCCCUUUGGAUGCCAGUGUCAGUUGUCAGGUAAAGAUGAGCCUUCCAGCUACAUUUGCACAACAUGCAAGCAGCCCUUCAACAGCGCGUGGUUCCUGCUGCAGCACGCGCAGAACACGCACGGCUUCCGCAUCUACCUGGAGCCCGGGCCGGCCAGCAGCUCGCUCACGCCGCGGCUCACCAUCCCGCCGCCGCUCGGGCCCGAGGCCGUGGCCCAGUCCCCGCUCAUGAAUUUCCUGGGCGACAGCAACCCCUUCAACCUGCUGCGCAUGACGGGCCCCAUCCUGCGGGACCACCCGGGCUUCGGCGAGGGCCGCCUGCCCGGCACGCCGCCGCUCUUCAGCCCGCCGCCGCGCCACCACCUGGACCCGCACCGCCUCAGCGCCGAGGAGAUGGGGCUCGUCGCCCAGCACCCCAGUGCCUUCGACCGAGUCAUGCGCCUGAACCCCAUGGCCAUCGACUCGCCCGCCAUGGACUUCUCGCGGCGGCUCCGCGAGCUGGCGGGCAACAGCUCCACGCCGCCGCCCGUGUCCCCGGGCCGCGGCAACCCUAUGCACCGGCUCCUGAACCCCUUCCAGCCCAGCCCCAAGUCCCCGUUCCUGAGCACUCCGCCGCUGCCGCCCAUGCCCCCCGGCGGCACGCCGCCGCCCCAGCCGCCGGCCAAGAGCAAGUCGUGCGAGUUCUGCGGCAAGACCUUCAAGUUCCAGAGCAAUCUCAUCGUGCACCGGCGCAGCCACACGGGCGAGAAGCCCUACAAGUGCCAGCUGUGCGACCACGCGUGCUCGCAGGCGAGCAAGCUCAAGCGCCACAUGAAGACGCACAUGCACAAGGCCGGCUCGCUGGCCGGCCGCUCCGACGACGGGCUCUCGGCCGCCAGCUCCCCGGAGCCCGGCACCAGCGAGCUGGCCGGCGAGGGCCUCAAGGCGGCCGACGGCGACUUCCGCCACCACGAGAGCGACCCGUCGCUGGGCCACGAGCCUGAGGAGGAGGACGAGGAGGAGGAGGAGGAGGAGGAGGAGCUGCUGCUGGAGAACGAGAGCCGGCCCGAGUCGAGCUUCAGCAUGGACUCGGAGCUGAGCCGCAACCGGGAGAACGGCGGCGGCGGCGGCGGCGGCGUGGCCGGGGUGCCGGGGGGCGGCGGGGCCCCGGGCGACGACGACGACGCGGGCGGCUGCGGCGACGCGGGCCCGGGCGGCGCGGUCAACGGGCGCGGCGGCGGCUUCGCGCCGGGCGCCGAGCCCUUCCCGGGCCUCUUCCCGCGCAAGCCGGCGCCGCUGCCCAGCCCCGGGCUCAACAGCGCGGCCAAGCGCAUCAAGGUGGAGAAGGACCUGGAGCUGCCGCCCGCCGCGCUCAUCCCGUCCGAGAACGUGUACUCGCAGUGGCUCGUGGGCUACGCGGCGUCGCGGCACUUCAUGAAGGACCCCUUCCUGGGCUUCACGGACGCGCGCCAGUCGCCCUUCGCCACGUCGUCCGAGCACUCGUCCGAGAACGGCAGCCUGCGCUUCUCCACGCCGCCCGGGGACCUGCUGGACGGCGGGCUGUCGGGCCGCAGCGGCACGGCCAGCGGGGGCAGCACGCCGCACCUGGGCGGCCCGGGCCCCGGCAGGCCGAGCUCCAAGGAGGGCCGGCGCAGCGACACGUGCGAGUACUGCGGCAAGGUGUUCAAGAACUGCAGCAACCUCACGGUGCACCGGCGGAGCCACACCGGCGAGCGGCCUUACAAGUGCGAGCUGUGCAACUACGCGUGCGCGCAGAGCAGCAAGCUCACGCGCCACAUGAAGACGCACGGGCAGAUCGGCAAGGAGGUGUACCGCUGCGACAUCUGCCAGAUGCCCUUCAGCGUCUACAGCACCCUGGAGAAACACAUGAAAAAGUGGCACGGCGAGCACUUGCUGACUAACGACGUCAAAAUCGAGCAGGCCGAGAGGAGCUAA